GAUGGAAGGUGAGGUCCAAUCCACUAGUCCACUAGUCCACUUGGAGAGAACAGAGGCUGUGUUCUGCUAUGCUCUGCUCCACCACAGGGCUCACAACACAAUCACUCUAUCCUCUAUAACAAUCAACCACCAAGGAUCAAGGUAAACCUGCAGAGGAGAGGGCCAUGCAACCCAAAUCCGCCGCCAGACUGCCCAGCUUCCGCUCUAUUCCGGCCUCCUGGUUAGAAUCAGUUCUUUUGAAAGAGGAGGAAGAACAAGAAGAAGAAGAGGAGGAACAAGAAGAAAUCCAACAAGCUGAAGAAGAGCCCUUGACCUUUACCCAGCUGCUUUCUACAAUCGCAGCUCCCUCUCCUUCCCAACGCUAUGACACACAGGAUUACCCUCCCACCACCAUGUCCAUGUCCAUCCCCAAUUCAAUCGCACCCAAGGAACUUUAUGCUUCUGCCCCCCACCUCAAAGUGGACAACAUGUUCACGUUUGAGGACUCGGUACCCUGUAGAGUUCGGGCAAAGCGCGGCUGUGCUACGCAUCCCAGGAGUAUUGCCGAAAGGGUUCGCAGGACUCGUAUCAGUGACCGCAUCAGAAAGCUUCAAGAACUUGUGCCAAACAUGGAUAAGCAAACAAACACUGCAGAUAUGUUGGAUGAGGCGGUAGCAUAUGUCAAGCUUCUACAAAAGCAAAUUGAGGAACUGACAGAGCACCAACGGAGGUGCAGAUGUAUGGUUCAAGAAUAAAAUGCCGACAGUACAUGCAGUGGUUGGCCGCUGAAGAUUUAUUUUAUGAAUUAUCAGAUUUUUUGGUGAUCAAGCAGACACUCCGGAUGCUAAUUAUAUAAAUUUUAAACUCUCUGGAUACCAUAAAGGGAUGCUAAUUAUAUUUUUUUAAUAUCGCUGGAUAAAUUAAAAGAUGCAUACAGACAUGUUGGGGAUGGCAUAGGUAGUUUAUUUAAAAUAUAGAAACUGUCCGACAAGCUUGUGAAUCCUUGGCUACUUGUGAAGAAAAUGGUCUGAUGUAUUUAAGAUGCACCGUCAGUUAAAUAAUGUUUAACUCUUGAAAGAUUGUCAUUAUCUAAAGAAUUAUGUCGGUCAGGAAUUUUAUCGGAUGGCAGUGUAAAUGUUUCUUGUAUUGUAAAAAUAUUUUAUUGAACUGUCCAAUGAGUUAAUAAUUUGGUAACACUGACGAAAUUAGUUAUCAUCGCUAAUUUUGACUUUAAAAAAAGGAAAUACUUAAACGCCUAAAUGGAGAUAAUCAUUUUUAUGCAAUAAUAGACGAUCUUAUGCACAUACUUGGUGAGACAAAUUAAAUAUACUUCAUUGCAAGGAGUGUUAAGCCCUAAACAGUCUAUUCAUAAACCUGAAACACACAGACGGAAGUAUUUGCAAAUAUGAACACAUGAUAAAAAGAAGAAAAAGGAUUACUACAAAAGGUAAUUUGCAUGGCUUAGCAAGGGGUGUGAAGUCGUUGAGCCAAAUAAACGAGAUGCCAUGUGAGAGACAUGAGAUUGAGGAUGUUUAGGAGAGAGGAAUAGGAAUUCAAUUUCUUGAGCUUGUCGUUGAGCUUGAUUAUUCUUGAUCUCACUGCAUCCUGGUCUGCGCUGCUGGAAGGCUCACCUGUGCGUUGAUGCUCUGUUCUGCCACGCUCACCACUUAUAUCUACUCUGCCUCUUCCUUCUUCCUUUUCUAUUUUUAUCCUUUCGAACAUCAGCUGAACGAUAAGGAGAAAAAAAAAAGUGAAU